GCCAUUCUUUAAACAAUGCUUAGGCCCAUUGUCUCUCCAAAACACCUACACUCCCCUACAACAGAUCAAUUUGCGAGUUGGCAAGUCGGCUGGAGGAUGUAAUUUUGUAUUGUUCAAAGUGCGCCUCGUUCUGCUGCCACAAGUGCAGAAAUGGCGGACGAAGAAGACAAUAUAAAGGAGCAAGAGACAUUUUCAGAAGCACAAAAACCCGAAGCUGCUGCCCAAUAUGUUGCGAAAGACGAAGAAAAGCCCAUUGAGGCAAAUACUAUGAUUAAAGAAUUUAAUUCUUUCACGAGCACCACUGAGACCAUGAAGACUGCUGCUCGAUCUAAAGUAGAAACACUAAUAUCACAAGUCAAAGAGAAACUAAACCCUGCAAAAGACAGUAACAAGCAAUUGGAUGAUCAGGACACCGAUCAGAGUAAGGCUGAUGGCCUUGGAAUGAUAAAUGAUGAUAUAGAACAGCAUUAUAUUGACGCCCUGUGUGAUUCGAUUGUUGGUGGAAAUUUUGAUCUUGAGCUGAACUAUGAUAUCAGAGAUCCAUUUGAUGUGUUGACUGUGUUUGAACUUUUUGAACGUGUGUCUACAAAGUCCAAGUUUCAAAUUUUGGUGGUAUUACAUGCCAUCUUAAAGAAGAGUGUUGAAAAUCUGCAAACAUGUACCAAGGCAGGAUUAAUUACAAUGUUGCUUGAAAGAAUUUCAAAGUAUAGUGAUGACAUGAUUGCAGAUAAAAUGGUCGAGCUCGUUGGUGUCCUGGCAACCUACAGUAUAACAAUCAAGGAAUUGAAAUAUUUCCUGGCUGCGCUGCAAGUUAAGGAUAAUGGCAAAUGGCCGCAGCAUGCCUUCAGACUGCUGGGAAUCCUCAAGCGAAUGCCAGAAAAGCAUGGGCCUGAUGUUUACUUUGAUUUCUCAGGAAAGUCUGGCUCUGGCAUUGUCAUACCUCCAAUGACGAGGUGGCCACAUCAGCCAGGAUUCUCUUUUGCGACAUGGCUCCAACUGGAUGCUGCCCAUCUAUCAAGCGUGGAACAGAAUAUGAAACCACACAUAUACAGUUUUAUGAACAACAAAGGAAUCGGAUAUUCUGCCCAUUUUUCUGGACCAAUGCUUGUUAUUGAAGUGCAUGGGAAAGCAAACAAAGUUUUUACCAUUCUUAUCAAAUUUGAAUUCAGGCCUCAAAUCUGGUACCAUGUUUGUGUCAGCCAUGUUUACAAUCGAUUCAAAGCCAGUGAAAUUCGCUGCUACGUCAAUGGACAAAUGGUAACACAAGGUGAAAUUCACAUUCCGUCGUCAAAAGAGGCAAUGGAAAGGUGUUUCGUCGGUUUUGGACAGACAGGGAAAGCAUUAGAUCAUAAAUACUCGUUCAAAGGGCAAAUGUCUGCUUUCUAUUUGUUCGGAGAACCGUUGUCACAAUCAGCAACCGCUGCGAUCUAUAGGCUUGGUCCGGGAUACAAGGGAAAAUUCAAGUUUGAAUCUGAACUCGACAUCCCGUUGUAUGAAAUGGACAAAAAGACUUUGUUUGAUGGCAAACUCGCUUCCAGUAUUAUCUUCACUUUCAACCCAAAAGCUGUCGAAGGACAGUUGUGCCUCGAAUCAUCACCGAACGAUAGCAAGAUCUACUUCAUGCAUAGCUCCCGUGCCAUCAUGCUUGAGGGAGUGCAGUCUGUCGUCACCCAAUCUUUGCAAGCUGCUUUGCAUUCUCUUGGCGGAAUACAGAUGCUGUAUCCACUGUUUACUCAGCUUGACUGCCCUUUCCACGGACAAGAAAAACCAGAAGGAAAACUUUGCAUCCUUCUGCUUGGUUUGGUCUAUGAUCUCUUGCGUGGAUCUGCCAUGUGUCAACAACAGUUUUUACAAAGCCAAGGCUUCCUUAUAAUCGGACAUAUACUAGAGAAGUCUUCCGAAUGUCAUCUUACUGAAGAAGUUGUGGAUAUUUUACUUGGCUUGGCAAGGUAUCUGAUGUCAACACCAAGUGCCAGCGGACUUUUAGGCAGUUUGCUUGACCACAUUCUUCUAAAUCCAGCAUUGUGGAUUAAGACACCCCUGACAUUGCAAGCAAACCUCUUGAGCUUGUUUGCUACAGGAUAUGUUGGGGGCCUAGAUUAUGCUGGUUACAUCAGAAAAGAAGUUGGCGUGCCUCGUCUAAUGCUUAUGCUCCGAAAAUAUUAUUCUCUGGGAUCAUCCUCAGCCAAUCCAGCAACUGUUGGGUCGACAAAAGAAGAAAUCAUAUCCUUGCGGGCAUUCAUGCUUCUGCUAAUCAAACAAAUGGUCAUCAAGGGUGAUGGAAUAUUGGACGAAGAACUGCGUAGUAUUCUUGUCUAUCUUACAAUUGAGGAUGAGGAGGAAAACCUAAUUGAUGUUCUUCACUUUUUGCUUGGAAUACUAUGCGAAAUGUCUGAUAAAAUCAUCGUUUGUUUCGACAACCUCGAAGGAUUUAGGAUCUUGUUUUUGAAGUUGUUGAUAUCAAAGAAAAGCGAAGUACGGGUGUAUUGUCUCAAGAUAGUUGCCGCCUACAUCAAGUAUCUUACCCUGCAGAGAAAAAUGGAGCUUGUUGAAAAGUAUGGUUUCAUAACAAUGAUUGGAAAGAAACUAAUGCCUACAGAGCUUACAAGUGUCACAUACAAUGCGCUGUUCGAGAUUCUUACAGCUCGGGUCACAAAGCAUGUUAUUACUGGAAGACAUGCAGAACCAGAUUCUACAAUCACGAUUUACCACCCAACGAUUUUACCAAUCAUGGUAGAUCUCAUACUUCGCAAGCGCAGGCAUAGUUUCCAACAAGCUGCCUCUACUGAAUCAAACGCUGAAAGUCAUAAAGUUGAAGAAGAAGACAUUACAAGAGUUUUUCUAUCUGAUCUUGUGUUGCUGCUAAAUCACAGUAAAGACAAUCGCAGAUUGAUGCUACAGCUGAUGUGCUGGCAAGACUGGCUUUUUUCUCUUGCAUAUUUUGAGCCCAAAACCAAAGAAGAGGCCAGGGUUACAGACACUGUUUUCACCAUUAUCCGGAUGCUUCUCCAUUAUGCCAUUCAGAAUGAAAAGGAGGGCUGGAGAGUUUGGGUUGACACUCUCGCCAUUCUUCAUGGAAGGAUAUCAGCCUAUAACGCAAGAAAAGAGAGGCUAAGUAAAGAACAAACGAGGGACCCAGAACCACUUGAUACCCAAGAACUUUCCGUCUUCUACAAAGACCGGUCUGUCGACUUAGAAACCGGAGAAGCCAAACCGGCACAGGUAAAAGAUAAUCGUGAUGACAAGGAAACUGGGAUAUCAGACGAAACUGUGGAACAUAAGUCAGGAAGCGAAGAGGAUAAAGAUGGUGCAGUAGGCGAGGAUCCAAGUGACAAAACAGAGCCGAAAAGCACUUCGAGCUCUAAAAGCCAGUCACCGUCACAUAAAGAUGAUGAGAAUAAAGAAACUGCCACAGAAACAGAAAUGGACAUAAGAAAGAAAUUCUUCUACUCGAUUUUACAAGGUGGAAACAAAGAUAAAGCAACAGAUCUCGAACGAAGUGAGCAAACUACAGCUGAAGCGCUUAAACGCAGUCAAAGUGAAAGCGAUAUUAGCCAAUCUUUAGAUGCAACAAAUGAUGAAGCGACUGAUGGUGAAUCAAAAGGAGUAGAUGUUAACAACAUAACAAGGCCUAGAUCAGCAAGCCCUACUGUCGGAACACAAGGAAAAGGAGGCAUAGAAAGUGAUGCUAUGUCUGACACAGACAAUAAGGGCCCUGAUGAAGGUCCGAUUGAGGCAGUAAAUGGAGAAAUUGGAGGUGAAGAGACUGCAGAAAAACUCGCUGAAGAUGGAGCAGGUUCGAAGGUUAAUGAUUCCAUUGCAACUGUGAAAUCAGCAAAAACUAUUCAUCGCCGCCACUCUGACGAUGUUUCCUCCGACAAAAGUCGCUCGACGAAAACUCCACCACCACCAACAAAAAGCAAGUCGCUGGAUUACGAUGUUGGACCGGAAGCGAUUAUGAAAACUACGUUUAUAGGUGCCCCUCCAGAUGAACCAGAAAUCGAGGCGAGCCCUAAAACAAAUGACGAUCUGAACGGAACAGCUUCAAACACCAGUACCCCGAAAGGAAAAUGUCGCCCAUAUAUUGAUAUACCGGAAUUUAGUUGGUCAGAAUUACAUCAAAGACUUCUAACUGAAUUGCUGUUUGCGGUGGAGUCUGAUUUGCAAGUGUGGAAAACGCACACACGAAAAUCAAUCAACGAUUUUAUCAGCAAUCGCGAGAACCAGGUCUACGUGGUAAAUUUAUGCCAUAUGGUGUCGAUAUUAUCAGACAGUUUGAUAUACUGCUGCGGGGGACUGCUUCCUCUACUCUCUUCUGCCACAUCCCGUAACUUUGCUAGCGAUGUUCUUGAGGCCUGCGGAGGAAUGACCCUCGAUGCGAGUUUCUCGUUUUUGAAUCGUGUCAUGGAUCUUGUGGAUAUUGUUGCGUUUGCAAGUAGUGUCAGUUUUUCGUCAGUUGAAGCCCACAGGAAUAUGUCAGCUGGAGGUGUUUUGCGACAGUGUAUCAGGCUUGUCUUUUGCAGUGCUGCAAGGAACCGAGUUGUGUGCCGACAACGCGAACCUCUUCACUGGUCUUCGGGCAUGCAUAAGCAGGUGAUGCCGAAAAGCAUGAAGGAGACAGAAGAUGCCAUCAAGACACUCAUUGCAUCAACUAAGCCUGCAACGAAAGAAGAUAUAGUUCAGAAUAUCCCCGGGCACAUCACAACGAUUACGCAACCGGAAAGGCUUCUACAAGACACUGAUUUGAACCGACUCCGAGCUCUUGUUUAUCGCGAAGUAGAAGACAGUCGCCAGUCUCAAUAUAUCGCUUUAGUCGUCGUGUAUUACGUCGCUGUCCUCAUGGUUGCGAGGUAUAGGGAUAUACUUGAAAACGAGACUGAUGAUCUGGUUGUGAAAAGAAGAUACUCUACAACUGAAAAUCAAACCAACAAAGGACAUCGGCAAAGAGCCGCCACAUGGGCAAGCUCGGGCAACCAACCCCUCUCCGCUGCCUUUCGUUCAGCUGAUGAGCGAGUAAGCAAAGAAGACGGUGUGGAUGAAGCAACGCCGCAGGAGGCCGCCUCACCGCCAGAGGUGGCGUUGAGUCUUGAGGAAAGAAUCGACUUGGCAUUCAAAAGUUCUUGUUCACUGUUAAAGGAAAUUUUGUUCGAUUUUGCACAUUAUCUAUCGAGAAUACUAGUAGGUAGCCGCGGACAAGACUUGAUUGCUGAUGGCUUAGGAUCACUGAAGUCUGAAGAUAGCACCGUUGAACUGGUGAUGCUGUUGUGCUCUCAAGAGUGGCAGAACUCUCUGCAGAAGCAUGCAGGUGCCGCUUUUGUUGACCUUAUCAACGAAGGCCGGUUGAUUUCGCAUUCCACAAGGGAGCGUAUUGUUAUUACUGCGAGUGAAGCUCGUGAUAUUCUGAAAGAAAAGGAGGAUGUAGAUGGAAAGAGGCAUGGCCAAUUUGACGAUAUUUGCUUCAAAACCGAAGUGCUGUACCAAAAUGAGAACAAAACAUAUGAGGAAUUCUUCAAAGCUAAGAGAAGGCGAAAUAGUGCGUUUGCCGAGAAACUCCUUGAGAAGACAUUCGAUAUUCUUACAAGCGAAUACGGAGCUUGGCCAAUGCCCGAACGAGCGGAUUAUCACGUGUUCUACAAGCUUGACCAUUGGGAAGACUGUUUGAGAAGGCGCAUGCGACUUGUCAAAAACCCUCUAGGUACAACCCACCCAGAAGCGAUUUUAGCACCAAUUGCCGAAGAAGACUUGCCAAAGGUUAAGAGCAGUCCGAAUCUUAAGUAUCAUUUGUACAGACAGAAGACUCUGGACCAAACAUCAAAUGGCAGUACCUCUGAGGAGGAGACGGAAGAGGGCGAGCCUGAUGUAGAUUUGACCAGGGACGAGUUCAUGGAUAAAGAGGAGAAGCAAAUCGAGGUGUUACACACAGUCAAAUGCCAUGUUAUUGCCCCGGGAACGCUUGUUGCAGGAACACUAGCAAUAGCUAAUUCCUAUUUGUAUUUCACAGCCGAUGAGGAAGAUCUAGCCGUCAAGAAAAUCGAUCCUGCGAUUCUUGCAUACGCUGACUGUUUGAACGUCAAAUGUGCGUUCUCAGAAAUCACUGCAGUCUUCGGACGUCGAUAUUUGCUGCAAAACAAAGCAUUGGAAAUAUUUUUAUCAAACAGAAGGAGUUUUAUGUUCGCUUUUGAAAGCCAUGAAACAGUGAAGAAAAUGAUUCAAUAUUUUCCUGCUGUUGGUAUCGGUCCAAAUUUUGGUGUUCCUAGAACAAGGUACCAUUCACUUGCAUCGCCAAAACAAUUAUUUUUGAAGUCAAACAUGAUGCAAAGAUGGCAGCAGAAGGAAAUUUCAAAUUUUCACUAUCUCAUGUUCCUUAACUUAAUUUCAGGGAGGACAUUGAAUGACUUGAAUCAGUAUCCUGUGUUUCCUUGGGUUCUUACUGACUACGAGAGUGAAGCCAUUGACCUCAGAAAUGAAUCGAUUUAUCGUGAUUUGUCAAAGCCAAUUGGUGCGUUGAAUCCGUACCGCCUGGGCCAGUUUAUCGAAAGGUUUAACACGUGGGACAAGAAUGAUGAUAUCCCAGCUUUUCACUAUGGCACACAUUACUCUACGGCUGGAUUUGUAUUGAAUUGGAUGGUUAGAGUGGAACCAUUCACUACUCUGUUUCUUAAUCUACAAAACGGCAAAUUUGACCAUCCAAAUCGAACAUUUUCUGGAAUGCAAAGAGCAUGGAAAAACUGUCAACAGGAUACGUCUGAUGUCAAGGAGCUAAUUCCCGAGCUUUUUUAUUUGCCACAUAUGCUGAUCAAUGAUAACAAGUAUCACUUUGGUGAUGAUGAAGAAGAAAACCCGAUCAGUGAUGUUAAAUUGCCACCAUGGGCAAAAACACCUGAGGAGUUUAUUCGGAUACAUAGGGAGGCACUUGAAUCUGAUUAUGUUUCAAAAAGCUUGCAUAAAUGGAUUGACUUAAUAUUUGGAUUCAAACAGCAAGGUGUUGAAGCUGAGCAUGCUGCUAAUGUUUUCUAUUACUUGACGUAUGAAGGCAAGGUCGACCUUGAUUCAAUCACUGAUACAGUCACAAAAGAGGCAAUCGAGCAACAAAUAAGAAGCUUUGGACAAACACCAUCUCAGCUGCUAACAACCCCUCACCCACCUAAGGACAUGUUGGAACAAAAGACUCAAGAUGAUAAGGAGCCCCAUAAAAGUAUAUUUUUGACUUUCAUCGUCACACAAGAUGUACCCGUCACUCAUAUUACGGCGAACAUCCUCCAGUCAAACUCAAAUCCAGCAAUUGUAACUAUCAGCAGUGACCAAAUUUUCUCAGUGAAUCGAUGGAUAAACCAUGGAGGCGCAAUUACUUCUUUCCAGUCCCUUCGCAAUGUGCAAAUUGAACAAGACCCGACACUUGAAUCAUCAUAUGGUAAGCUCAGACGCUCCCUUGGAGAGCCCCUCGACGAAAGCAUAAUUGUCUCCACCCAAUGCUUCUGCGUCACGUUUGACAAUAAGUUCAUAUUGGCAUGUGGAUACUGGGACAAGAGUUUUAAGGCAUUUGCUACUGAAUCAGGUCGGUUAUCACAAUGUAUCUUUGGGCAUUUGGAUGUGGUCACGUGUCUCGCAUACUCAGAUGACAAUGCGACAGGCUCCACAGCCAUCAUUGUAUCAGGAUCCCGGGAUGCGACAGUUCUCGUGUGGCUUUGGGACCACAAAAAACACCGUGUGGUGGUACCUAAUGUUCCAUCCUCUAACGGUACAGCCCCGAUGGCAAUAUGCACUGGCCAUGAAUUUCCAAUUGUCUGUGUCGAUGUCAAUGCAAGCAAUGGAAUCGUCGCUAGCGGGUCUUUAGAGGGGCCAUGUCUGCUACAUUCGACCAAUGGGGAACUUUUACGAUCCCUCCACUCGCCGUCCGGUAGCCUCCAUCCACAACUGGUUAGAAUAAGUAACGAUUGUUACGUGAUAGUCAACUACGCACCCAGUGACAAGAGCCAUUUGGCCACCUUUACACUGAAUGGUAAACACCUCAAAGAAGUUGGUAUUGACGACGAGUUGUAUGACAUGUCUUUGACAAACGAUGGUUACUAUUUUGUCUGCGGUGGCAAGAAUCGCUGUUUUCAAGUCUGGAGGACGUUUGAUUUAUCCCUCAUAAGCGUUUACCCCCCUUGUGAAGGGGCCAUUCGAUCACUAUGUUUGACGCCAGAUCAAAGAUGCAUGGUCGCAGGUAUCUCUAACGGAGCUAUUAUUGCCAUCGCUAUGGAUUUUGGGAUGUGGCCACGAAACUAGCUGCAUUUAAGAUUCAAGGGAACAUAUUUUUCUAAAGCUGAAUGUAUAAAAUUUUGCAUGAAGAACCGGUAGCUUAGUAAUUUACAAGGUACAAAUCUUGAAUUUUUGAACUCUAAAUGAACAAUUUACUUGUUUACUUAUUUAAUUUGAAUUAAUUGGUUGGAGAGAGAGCAGGCGUUCUUUGGUUGGAGAGAGAACAGGCGUUCUUUGCUGCAAUUUUUGCUGAUUUCAGCCCACUUUUUUCCUCUGAAGAAAAUGUUAAGCGAUUUUUAUUCAUAGAUUUACAAAAUGAUUUCCAUUCCAUCAAAGUCUUAUUAACUCAAUGUUAUUUAUAAUGCAUUGAACCAGAAAUAAAUCCGUUUGAAAUAUUUUGGCUUUCGAAUCCAGAAUUUACCAAAUUUCCUCAUUUAUUCCUUUUGACCUUGACAUUUAUUUAUUACCUACAUGUACAUGAAACAAAUUAACAUUCUCAUUAAAAACUUAGGCCACGCAUAGUUUCUUCCGAAAAACACGCUACCCUGAAAUUUAUGUUUAGCAUUUCCGUAGUAUUGCUCAAUUUAUGAGCGGCGUUGCGAUUUCUUUUAAGUUUUAUUUCAAGGAUUCUUCAGCCAAAGACAGUACAGACAUAUGACCUGCUUGAAAUCUUUAUUCCAAAAAGCAUUACAGCUUAUAAACAAAAAUUAUUUUUUUGCGCACGUGUUGAUCUGUAACGUCAAACUGUAAGUUGAAGCCAAAAGUUGUAUUUUUUUCAGUAUAGCGAUCUAGUACGUACAUAUGUGUACCAAUCGAUGUUGCAUUUUCUAAGCAGCUAGAUCCUAGCCGAUACCAGAUCAAGUAGUAAAUAUUUUUUCAUUUUCUUGGUGCAGUUUGAUUUUUGCUUAUUUGCAAUUUACUAUUCAUUAGUUAAUUUUUCUGGCUUAGAUGCAUAGAUGCUUCCCUCAACGGUAAACCUAUUUUCGCCACAAUGCAUGUGAGAUUUUCAAUUAAGGUUAAUUGAGACAGUUACCUUGAAUUCCCCCCCCCCCCAAACACUUCACAUCUGGUGUUCAGCUUUUUUCGGAAUUGUGCCUACACGCACUCCUAAGCAAGAGUAUUUUCCAUCUUACCUUAUCCAGUUGCUGAAACCAUCUAUAUAAUAUGCUUAUUGCAUACCAUGGUUUUCUUUAUCGCAUCACAUGGUCAUAACCUUAGACAUCGUGAUCACAUUGCCUUUGAAUAUCAUCAUAUUUUUAACAGUAAAUGAACCCAAUCAAUAAUUGAUGCACACAGAGCAUAUGGUAAUAAACAUCAGGAAAGGAUAUCACGUGAUGUUUUACUUUAAUAGGUAGUUAUAGUGUAGUAAUGGCAUCUUUUGAGUAAACUAGCAAUCUGCCUACUUGAUUAAAUGGGAAAAUUAGAAUCUGGAGGUCGUAUUCUGUAGAAACUGUGGUAUUGAUAGACGUUCUUAUCGGUGUAAAUAAAAGCAAAAUCACUUUCACUCAUUAUUGCA